AUGGGUAGGCAAUAACUUUAAACUGGACAUUAUAAAGCCAUGUUUAAAUGAGCAUAUAGAACAUAGAGGGAAAGAGUUAUUUAUAUUCUUGUAGAAAAAUUCAAAACUGUUUGUUGACCACACAGCAGACUAUAAAAAGACAGGUUCUAAAAAUAAAAUUGAGAAUGGAAAUUGGAAAUUGGAAACGUGUUAAACAACAACAACCCUACCAAAAAGCAGAAGACAGCAAUUUUCAUCUGAUGAGGCAUAAAUAAUUAGAUAAAAAGCUUAUUUGAAGUGUACAAAAUAGACAUUCAAAAUGUAGUUCAUUUAUUAAAAAGGUCUUAUUGAAUUUUAUAAAUAGCAACUCCCCAAGAAAAAUAUAUUUUAAUUUCAAGCAUUGUUCGAAAUACAACUGACAUUAAUGGCCCAUUCACUGUGUGACAUCAUAUGUUUUAAUUAAGAACAAUUAUUCCACAUCUCCUUUAUUUAAUCUUAUCAUGUACAUGUUCCCCCAAAUCCAUGUGUCAGAAAUCUUUUUUAUAAUGCUCAAAUUAAUCUGCAUGUUAAAUUCAUGUGGUGUCAGUCAAUUUGAAUAAUAGUCUCCAAAGCAAAUUAUAUGUCCCUUUAAAUCCCAAAGUUUUAUACUUAGUAAGCAUAUUCCAUUGACCAUAAUAUAUCUGGUGUCACAACAUGUUCACAAGAUAUGAGUCUGUCAGGUGAGCUUUGAACAUGAGAAAUGGGAUCAAGACGAUAACACUGACAUUGGCUCUACUUGUUACCUUGCCAUUGUUUUAUAACUAUUCAUCAAUAAUUUUUGAUUGUGUAUACGAUAUACACACGGGAAGUAUGUAUGCUUAUUCAGCCAUAGGAAAGCUAAAUGGAAAUUGGACAAAAUAUGACUCGAUAGUAAUUACUGGAUGGUGUAGAGGAUAUGACCGUUUCAACUGCAUAUUGUUUACUAGUGACCAACAACAUGCGCGUGUUAAAGCAAAGCGCUGGCGGCAUUACUCAAACGGAUGGCCAAAAAUGUAUGCAUGUCAGUUUAUAUGUAAAAUAACAAAAACAAAUAUUACUCAUAUAAGUAUUGUGAAAGAUGGUGCUCCUCAUAACUCGACUUCACAAGUACUCAAAGUAACGUAUCCAACAAGACAACAAGAUAAGCUAGCGAUAUGUUCAAAGAUGGCAUACGGCACCGAAAAACCUAUUAAACUUAUUGAGUGGUUCGAAUACAAUCUUUUGAUGGGAGUAGACAAGUUUAUUACGCUGGUCCAACCUCUAAACAUGGACGCUUUUAAAGUGUUGAAAUAUUAUCAGCAGAAAGGUGUUUUAGAAAUGGGUAUGUUUCCUGCUCCAUUACCGGGAGAAUCAACAGCUGACAAUUUGGAUUGCAAGAUAAAGGACAGAAAGGAAUGUUUUAAAAAUUACAGCUACGACGAAAUGAAAGAUAUCCCUUGGAGUGUUUUCCGGCGACCCUCACCUCAAGGGUACCACGACCAGCAGGUUGCUUUAUACCAUUGCAUAGAGACAUUACAAGGUUAUGAUUUCGUGGCGAACGUGGAUUUUGAUGAAUUCAUUGUACAUUCACAGUUUAAACAGUUCAAAGAUUACUUGAAGAACAAUUUAAUGCCAAGAUAUCCGACUGCUGCCGGAUUUACUUUGAACCACUCCUACUUUAUAGAAGACUGGGGAGUGUCAGGAGAUGGAUUUUUACAGAUGUCUCGCUAUGUAAAGAGAUUAGAUCCUCGAUUAUUAAAUCAUAAAAACAUAAUUAUUCCCAGCAGAAUAGAGGAUAUACAUACUCAUAACCUGGAAGAAAAACCGGGAUACAAAAGAGUCUAUCUCAAAAGUCACGAUAUGGUUGUUCACCAUUAUAGAACGUGCCCUACUGUUGCAUAUUGGAAGGACUGUCUGAAUUUUCCAAAAUAUAAAGAUUCGAAAAUGAACAGCAUUAGACCGGAAAUGGAGGCACGUGUUCUUCGAGUUUUAAAGGAACUUGGGCUCAAUACGCGAAUAUGAUUAUAUUCAAAGAUUAUGUGUAUUAAGUGCUCCUAUAAAACACUCGUGUUGAUGUGGGAUUGGAGAUAAUCCAGAAAUUUCUAUAAACAAGUUAAACAACACAUGAAGGAAGACAUAAGAAAGUUCGUGAUUAUCCUGCUUGGUUUGUUAACAAACGAACUUGUGAGUUCGGACACGAUAUUGAAAAGAGAACAACGUUGAAGAAUUAUAAACAUCCUUAUACUAGUAUAUUAAGAUGUACGUGUUCACAGAUAUGAUACACACUGACAGGUAAAGAAAACAUUGAUAUCAGUGUAUUUAUAAUUAGCGAUCUCAAACAAUAAAUACAUUGUAUAUACAAAU